AGCAAAAUACUUUCGUACUUCUUAUGUUGCACACUAAAAUAUUCGUUGUCGCGAUAAUCCAAAACAGUCGUAUAUCGUAUAUUCGUGGAAUACACCAUAAACGCGACAAAUACGGAUCUGUUUUAAAAUGACAAUAUGGAGUACAUGUAAUGAGUACUUUUAUUUUUUUUUUAUAAAUUAGCGUCAAAAAUAAGUUAUCGAUUUAGUUCUUCACAAUUUGUUUGUGUCCUUUCACCAGGCAAUUAGAGCUGAGUUUGAUUUAAAGUUUUCAGUUCAACAUGUCUGGCAAGACAAACUACUUCCUUCACUGGGCAGCUUUUACAGUGAACAUUUUGACGUUAGCCACAGGAAUAGCCAUGGCAUGGGCUUCUCCAUCUUUAAUAAAACUAGAAAGCUUGGAUCCAGAUGUCAAUCCUCUUGGACGGCCCAUAACAACAGCUGAAAAGUCACUGAUAGCUUCUUUACCAACUUUUACCAGCGUCCCAGGAACAAUUAUAGCUGGUUAUGUGUCUCAGAAACUCGGUCGAAAGAAAACACUAAUACUAUUUAGCUUACCGUUCCUAUUCUGUUAUAUAGGUAUAGCACUAGCUAAAUCAGUUACUGUUUUCUACAUAACUAGAUUUUUUCUCGGUCUAAGUUGUGGCUGUACCUUAGCUGUAUUACCAAGUUACGUUGCAGAAAUUUCUGAAGAUUCGAAUAGAGGAUUUCUAGGUUGCAUUAUGGGUAUUAUGGGAGCAAUAGGAUAUUUUAUCGUUUAUGCUAUUGGACCUGUAGUUUCUAUUCAAAUGUUUGCCUAUCUUCAAUUAUUUCCAAUAAUACUGUUCUAUGUAAUGUUUGUACCUUUUAUACCUGAGAGUCCUUAUUACUUCUUGGCCAAAAAGUUAGAUAAAGAAGCUGAAGCGUGCUUGAAAAAAAUAAGAACUACCAGUAAGGUGCAUGAAGAAUUAGCAUAUCUCGAAGAAGUUAUAAAUGAAAAUAAGGAAAAGAAAUCAGAUUGGAGAGAGAUAUAUUCCACUAAAGCAGCUAGAAAAGGUUUGACUAUUACCUGUGGGCUUCUGAUGUUUCAACAAUUAUUAGGAUUUAUGGCAGUGCUGAACUAUAUGCAAUCUAUUUUCGAAGCUGCCAAGACUAGCAUUAAUUCCAAUACAGCCUCGUUAAUAUUAGGAGGUGUUCAGAUUAUUUCCAACAUAUUUUCCACUCUUUUAGUAGAUAGAUUAGGAAGAAAAGUACUUUUACUAGCUUCCAAUGUUGGUUGUACUAUAUCACUAGCAGCUUUAGGAGCAUUUUUCUUUUGUCUAGAGAACAAUUAUAAUACAGACUCCAUAUUCUGGCUACCUAUUCUUAGUCUUAUUGUAUUUUUCGUAUCAUUCAACUUUGGAUUUGGUACAUUACCUUUGACAGUGUGUGGAGAACUGUUUUCCAGUAACAUCAAAGCAAUGGCUGCCAGUUUGUCAACAUGUGUUUGCCUGUUACUGGCUUUUCUAGUUACUUUAGGUUUUCCAUAUUUAUCUGAUGCAGUUGGUAGGCCGUACACCUUUUGGAUUUUCGGGAUAACUUCAGUUCUUUCUAUUUUGUUUGUAGUAUUUAUAGUGCCUGAAACAAAAGGCAAAAGUUUUAAAGAAAUACAGCAUGUACUAGAAGGAAGGCGUUGAAGGUGAUGUGAAAUGACAUAAGACUAGAGAUAUGAUCUUAUUAUUUAUUUAUUUCUAUUUAAAACCAUUUUCGAAAACAUUGUGUGGGUUUUCUACUCUUAUCUGCAAUAUUUUAUCGCCAUUAUUUGAAUGGAAAAUUUAGCUAAGAUUGUAGAUAAUACGUUUUUGACAGUAUUGUAUUAAUGUAAUCAUUUGGAAUUCUUCUACAAAGUGGCUAAAUCAGAUCAUAGCAUUUUAUAAACAUUAUAAUAAUCGAAAUUCCCAGUAUUAUUUAGUAAUUUAACAACUAUUUAUACAUUUCAGCAAAAACUUGAUACAUUAUUGUAGACAACAGUGAUCCGCGUUUACUUAAGACCAAAAAUGUUUUUUUUGCCCAUAAUACAAUCAAAUUUUUUUCGAGAACCACUUAAUAAAAUGAAAUUUAUUUUUGGAACUCUUAGACCACUCAUGAUCUUCAGAGAUGUAUUCGAAACACCGCAGUUAGUAAUCCAUAUGUUUUUUUAUUUAAAUUUAACCGAGUUAUUAAACGAGAAUAUUAUGGCGAAAAUGUUUUUAUCUGUCAAACUUAUCCUUUCGUUAUCAAUGACUGCCAAAAAUUUUUCUUUAUUAAAUGAUUGUUGAAAAAAUAAAUUACAUGUGUAGUAUGUUUUUUUAACCUAUGUAGCAAUGUGUUACUGCUAUUAUUUUAUUUUGUAAAUUUUAUUAUAAAAUAUACACUGAAAUAAUUAUAA